ACAUGGAUACAUAUGCUGAUGUGUAGUCUCUGAAGCAUUAUUUACAUUUUCAUCAAGUCAUGUGUAGCAAAGAAACCAUAUAUCAAGUUGACCAUGUGUCCAUGGUUAUGUUCAUUUCUUUGUGUAAAGACUAGUUUACAUAAUUAUUCUGGGAAGAAAACCUGAAGUGUGUUUUUCAAACAUGAAGUGGUCUGUCAGAGGCAUCGUUUAUUUCAAACAUGAAAUUGUGUAAUUUAUGAGAGCAGUAAAGCCAGGAGAAAAAAAUACAUGAACAUAAUCUUUGUAUCUACUCAGCAGACAGCCCACUGAAGGAAGAUGGAUAUGUAUGAGAACCUUGGCGUCGUGGGUGAGGGGAGCUAUGGUACAGUGAUGAAGUGUCGACACAAGGAGAUUGGACACAUUGUGGCCAUCAAGAGGUUCAAUGACAAGGAAGAGGACAAAACCAUGAAAAAGGUUAUCAUGAGAGAAAUCAAACUUCUGAGGAAAUUUCGCCAUGAAAACCUUGUGAACAUGCUGGAGGUAUUCCGGUUCAAGAAGCGCUUGUAUGUUGUCUUUGAGUACAUUGACCGCACAGUUCUGGAAGACCUAGAGAGAUAUCCUCGUGGUUUGGACAGCAAGCGCCUCAGAAAGUACAUGUUCCAAAUUCUACGAGCCAUGGAUUACCUUCACACCAGCAAUAUCAUUCACAGAGAUGUCAAACCUGAGAAUGUUCUUGUCUCUAACUCUGGGGUGGUGAAGCUCUGUGACUUUGGAUUUGCCAGAGCAUUGGCACCGACUGGGGAGCCUCUCACAGACUAUGUGGCCACGAGGUGGUACAGAGCCCCAGAACUUUUAGUGGCAGACAACACUUACAGCAAACCUGUAGAUGUGUGGGCCAUUGGAUGCUUGAUUAUAGAGAUGGCUACAAGCAAUGCUUUUCUGACGGGGACUUCUGACCUGGACCAGGUGCACAAAAUAGUCAGCAAAGUGGGGCCUUUGACCCGUCAUCAGCAAGACCUGUACUUCCAGAACCCCAUCUUUGCUGUGGCCAGCCUUCCUGAGGUGCAGCUCCUCAGGGACCCCAGGAGGAAGUACCACAAACUCCACUUCUUAGUGGCUGAAAUAGUGGAUUCAUGCCUACAGAUUGAUCCAUCUCACAGGGCUGCGUGCUCCAUGUUGCUCGUUCAUCGGUACUUCACCAAAGACGGGUUCGUUGAAAGAUUCAUACCAGAGAUACAGGCAUUGAUACUGAAAGAUGCCAAGGUUAACAGCAUGCACUGGAUUCAUAGUAGCUCAUGGGAGCCACCAGAGGACCAAGGAACAGGAGUCUUGUCCUCAUCCUCAUGUAACAGAAAGCCAGUGAAGGACACUGAGAAGGACCGACGUGGGAAGGAGCCUGAGCAGAAGCAUUCUAGGGCAGGCAGGAGGUCAGAGAUCAGGAUGACCUGCAGCCCUGUCUCAUCUCAGACAAACAGACAGCCCUUUACCUCCACCUCUACCUCUACCUCCAUCCCAGACCCCCCUCAAUCUCAGGACAAGGCUGUAGCCUUUACCAUGCCCCGCAUCAACGCCAGCAACAAUCUUUUUGCUGCUGUCCCCGUUCCAUGCUGUAUGGAAGUCACCAAGUCCCGCACUGAUAAGGUAAAGAGACGGCCGAGCCCUACUGACCUGGCCAUGGGGAAUAGUCAGCUGACUGAUGCCCCGUCUCAGAGUGACAGCCAUAAUAACCUCCAGGUUGAGAUGUCCAGUCUGGCUAAAAAGAAGGUGAAGUCAGUGAGAGACAUGAGAGAUGUGCGCUUCCCUGGACUUCCUGUGUUCGGCCACCAGAUGGAGCUGAAGUUUACAGAUGCAAAGCACUCGAGAAAGGAGCUGAAGAGCAGAGGAAGAGAAGAAGACUCCAGAAUACCAUCAUUGCCGUCAUCCAAUUUCACUGACCACGGAAAUAAGUAGGUUUUGGAGAGAACAGUACUACCAUUGAGAGUUGAUCUGAAUUCUUAACUGGGUCCUGGCACAGGAUGGUUUAUGUGCCUAAACAACAUUUGACUGAAGAUAAUAAAAAGAAUAACAAUAAAUGUUUUAGACACACUUGGUUUUUGUGAUAACAGAGCAUCUUUAACUUCAACAGUUAGAAUAAUGUAUUUUUGUGUUCCACUUUUCAGUAUUUUAUCCACCAUAUCCCUCACUGUGCCCCACCACAACCAUUCAAAAAGAAAGAUAUUGAAAUUAAAGAUACCCCCCCAGACUGUUGUUGAGAUUCAAUUGGCACAUCCGCAUUUGCACUGAGUUGCCAUCUUACAGCAACAACAAAAGUCAGUGGCUGAAUUUCAAACUCAUAAAAGACACACCCUUGUCCACUUACCCUCGCCCUAUGCCCAUGGGGGAAUCCCCCGGCCAUAGUUGUCAUCGGUCCAGAUGAUAAGCCAAGCAAGGGAAGUUUUCAAUGUAACCCCCAUAGCCGUCGUUUUAAUAGAGUUUGCGAGUGUACAAUUAUGUUCACUCCGGGGCCUGAAACGCCCCAUAAUUAGAUUUGCGCUGAUUGUACAUCCGCUAAUAAAAGUCAGAGCAAAACAUAAAACCUCAACGUCAAUAUGGAGUCAACAUACAAGUGUAAGUAAAACCGAAUGUAAAUAAGUUAGAAAUUGUGCUACUAAUGCACAAACACGUUAAAGUAAUGUUUUUGUUUGGUUAGCUUUCGGAAAUGUUCCUUCUUCAGAAGUAGCUCGGCAGGCUAGCUUUAUUUAGCUAAUUCAUUUGCUGGCUAUCAUACAGUAGGUGUAUAUUAAUAAUUAUAUAGUUAAUAUAGACGUGCAAUCAUAAUUGACUGUACUGUAGAGCAUAUAAAGCACCCACAAGCUACCGGUGGCUGAAAACACAAUCAUCGCGGGAUGAAUGCAAGUGGAUACUCGUCAGAAGUGUCUACUUAAUUUGAUGGCUGAGGAGAUAGGUUGUCUUUUAAGUGCUUGGAAUGCAGGCAAUGUGUCACGCCUGCUCCCGCUCCCCCUCUCUGGCACUUGAGGGCGCCAGGCGGCCCAUCGUUACCCACACCUGUCACCAUUGUUACGUGCAUCAGCGCUUCAUGGGACUCACCUGGACUCUACCUUAUUGAUUGCCUCCCCUAUAUCUGUCACUUCCUCCCCAGUGUCUGCACUAAUGUCAUUUUGUU